AUGCGUACCCUGUCUACUCUCUACCUGGUAGCCCAGGCGGUCAUACCUCCAGUUUAUGGGCGUCUUGUUCGUCAUGACGCCUCGUUCCAACCUGACCAUAUCCUUCGAGUGGCUGCUGAGAAUUACAGCCAAGCAUGCUCCGAGCGCUACUCUGUCUUGGUGAAUGGGUCAUUGCCAGGGCCUGAACUUCGCCUACAGGAAGGCGAAGUGAGCUGGAUCCGGGUUUAUAAUGACAUGGAGGAUUCGAAUGUCACUAUGCAUUGGCACGGCCUAUCCGCCUUUACGGCACCGUUCUCUGAUGGGACACCCAUGGCCAGCCAGUGGCCUAUCCCACCUGGUCACUUUUUUGACUAUGAGGUCCUUCCAGAAGUCGGCUAUGCUGGCACUUACUUUUACCACUCCCAUGUCGGCUUCCAAGCUGUCACUGCUGCAGGUGCUCUCAUUGUGGAAUCAACUGAACAACCGCCAUACAAUGAUCCGAGUGCUCUUUUGGUAAACGGUCAGGGUCGGUCGGCGAAUGACACCGACGGAUCGUGCAAGCUUGCCGCGCUCGAGGUCGAAGCCAGCAAAACCUACCGUUUACGAUUCAUUGGGGCCACAGCUCUAUCGACGCUCUCGUUGUCAAUCGAGGACCACGAUGUGCUCGAGAUUAUAGAGGCGGAUGGGCACUACACGAAGUCUGCCGAGACUGGUUUCGUACAGAUUGCCAGUGGCCAGCGGUAUAGCGUGCUCCUAAAAACAAAGACAGAAGACGAGCUGCAAGCAGCCGGAUCUCGACAGUUUUAUUUCCAGAUAAAUACUGUUGGAGGCCCACCUGCCCUGACCACGUAUGCGAUUUUGCAAUACCCGUCAGAGGAGGAGCCUGAUUUAACAACCAUCCCGGCCGAUCCUCCCCUGCCUCUGGCCACGCUCACUAAUGGCUGGCUUGACUAUACCUUGCAGCCAUACGGGGCAGACCCAAACUUUCCCACGGCAGAUGAAGUGACUCGACGUAUCGUGGUCACAGUUCACUCGAAUGCUAGUGAUCAUAUUGUCUAUCUUCAAAACGGGUAUGAUUGGGUGGAGACUUUCCCCGGCUCUCCUUACCUAGUCGAUAUAUACAACGGCGAACUUGACCUUGACUCGACGUAUGAGCGAGCAGUGGACAGCGGCAACGCCUUUGAUAACCAGACCCGGCUCUUCCCUGCGAAGAUGGGUGAGGUCCUAGAGAUUGUCUGGCAGAACCAAGGCGGCGUCGAUGUCGGCGACGUCCAGCACCAUCCAUUUCACGGACACGGCAGGCACUUUUACGACAUUGGUGGCGGGCCAGGACUCUACGACCCGACAAAGAAUGAGGAGCGCCUAAAAGAGACCAGUCCAGUGCAACGCGACACAACCAUAUUGUACGGCUACCAGGACAAGACCUCUCCGCUCGAGCCGUCCGGUUGGAGAGCAUGGCGUGUCCGGGUUGAAGCCGCUGGAGUGUGGAUGAUGCACUGCCACAUUCUCCAUCAUAUGGUAAUGGGUAUGCAGACUGUUUUUGUGUUUGGCAACGAAGAAGACAUCAAGGAGCAAGCUGGGCCCGUCGCUGACGGCUACCUGACCUAUGGUGGUUCUGCAUAUGGAAAUAGCAAGCGUAGCCCUGAAGUGAGGCAUUAUUUUUAG